GAUCUGCUGAGUGGACUAAAGAUGGGGGAGCAAGGUGGUUGGCUGGAGGCUAACAGAGAUUGGGCGGCCAGCUUGGUUUCCCAGACCCAGGCGGGUCCAGCCAAGAAUCCAGGGGACAACAUCACUGAGCAGGCCAGGACCAGAGGUGACAUAGUGAAGUCUGUAGUCCAUGAAGACCUGCUGAUAUCCGGUGUUACUGGUGGGAGAGACUGGGCAGGUGAGGUGGCUGGUCACAAACCAUGGCCCCGGAUCCGAACCAUGGAUCAGGAGCCGUCACUCUUCCUUCCUGAAUCGGAACCAGAACCCAACAACGAGGGACAGAGACUCCACCACACAGAACACAACCAGUGGACAGGUGGACUGAACAACCUCAGUUCUGGUGGUCAUCAGAGUGACAGAGACUCCAAACAGGGAUCCAGUCUGCAGCACAGGCCCUUCUCUUCACAGUCUCAGUGCAGGGAUGGAGCUAGGCCUGGGGCUGAUAGAGAUAGACCCUCCUGUUCCUAUGAUACAAACACCGCAGUAUCGAUGAUGAACAGAGCAGGUCACCCUGGGCUUCAGCCUUCACAGAUAGUGGUGGGAGACCCCCCUGGUGGUAGUCUUUCAGGAAGUCUGUCUUCUCCUUCAGGGUCUCAUCUAAUGCCUAGUGGGGUCUGGGUUCAUAGAAGGCCUAGGCCUGAAUCUGGGUCUAGUCUUCCUCCAGGUUACCCCACAAAUACAGACAGGGUCAGGAUGAGCGUUCACCACGAGACGUACCUAGCCUAUAACACAGCACACAAUCCCAACAACACCCAAACAAUGGCUAGAGGUCAAGGAGGGAGCUCAAACACUAACCCCCUGAGGGUGGUGGCUCCUGCUUCUACCUCAUCUGGUGUCAUUGGGUCACAACAUGGGAGGCAGAGUAUUAAGACAGACGCCGACAAGCCGUAUGCCUGCCCCACGUGUGGGAAGCUCUUUGCGAAGACUAAAUAUAUGAAGCAGCACCAGACCGUUCACACCAAGGAGAGGCCCUUCAAGUGCAAACUAUGUUACAAGAGCUUCUCCUUCUUGAGUUACCUCAUCAGACAUAGGCGUGUCCACAACAGGGAGAAAUCGUAGCUAUUCUUUAGCUGAAACAUUAUAGUUAUCAUUAAGUGUACUGGGGUCAAAGUUUUUUGGGGAUUACUGGGUCCUUUAGUUGAUCAUCUGGGGAUGCUCACAUGAUACAGGCUUGUUGUUUGGUGUGCUGGCAUAGCCAAAAAAACACUGAAAUUAGCAAAAAACUAAGUUGUUUUCAUGAAUUUUUACAAUACCCUAAAUUUUUUGGACUUCGUACCUGUGGAACCUAGUGGAAACCCUUUAAAGCUCGGUCCUUGCCCUCCGGGGUCCUUGCUAUACGGAAUCCUUGGGAUGUUUGCCUUUUGUUCUAUUCAUAACAAAUGAGUUAUAACACCUUUAACACAUUAUUUGGCAUAGUCAGGUUGUACCUGUUCCUUUCUGUACUAAAAAGGUGAUAAUAAAACAUCUGUUAAUAAAUGAGAAAUCAUUUC